GGACUGUGUGGAUACCCCUAUUGUGCGUGUCUGUUGUCACUGUGGUUGGACCUUCCUCCUGUGCCUGAAUGCAGCACAGGGAGGAGUGAGCUUAACGGACCACCGGGAGAGAGAGGAUCGGUACAGAAACAUGUCCGGGAGUCCGACCGCAUCUGCGAACCCGCAGACCGCAAAAAUGAAGAAGGACGAGUCCUUUCUCGGGAAAUUAGGAGGAACCCUGGUCCGGAAGAAAAAGUCCAAAGAAGUGAGUGAUCUCCAUGAGGAUGGAAAGAAUGCCAUCAAUGCCCCACUGCUUCCCUCAGGCACGGACAUCCAUCCAGAGGAUACACUGCUGGAGGAAAAUGCUGAGAGGAUCAUGUUGGACCCAACAUCAAGGGAUAAUCCUAAAUUUAAAGAUCUUUUAAAGGUCCUGAUUGACUGGAUUAACAAUGAGUUGGAGGAAGAGAGGAUCAUAGUCAAGGACCUAGAGGAGGACUGUUAUGAUGGACAAGUACUCCAGAAGUUAUUUGAAAAGCUGUCAGGCAGGAAGCUGAACGUUGCGGAGGUGACCCAGUCGGAAAUUGGCCAGAAACAGAAGCUUCAGACGGUGUUAGAGGCUGUCAACGAUGUGCUGAGGCCUCAUGGCUGGACCGUUGAGUGGAGUGUGGACUCUAUCCAUUCAAAGAACCUGGUGGCUAUCGUCUAUCUUCUGGUGGCUCUCGCUAUGCACUUCCAGGCCCCCAUCAGGCUGCCUGAGCAUGUCUCUGUGCAGGUGGUGGUGGUCAAGAAACGAGAAGGCAUCCUGCAGACUGCUCUCCUGACCAAGGAGCUGACGAGCACCACAGAGAUGAUGAUGGGAAGAUUUGAGAGAGAUGCUUUUGACACUUUGUUGGAUCACGCACCUGACAAACUUAACGUGGUAAAAACGUCACUUAUCACCUUUGUGAACAAACACUUGAACAAGUUGAACCUGGAGGUUACUGAGCUGGAAUCUCAGUUUGCUGAUGGAGUUUACCUAAUUUUACUGAUGGGGCUGCUGGAAGACUACUUUGUCCCACUGUACAACUUCUUCCUCACCCCUGAGAGUUUCGAGCAGAAGGUCCACAAUGUGGCAUUUGCCUUUGAGCUGAUGCAGGAAGGAGGCCUGAAGAAACCCAAAGCCAGACCAGAAGAUGUUGUCAACCUGAACCUGAAGUCCACCCUGAGAGUCCUCUACAACCUAUUCACCAACUACAAAACCUCUGCGUGAACUUUCCCAGUUUUUAACGCCCAGUAUUACUCUGAACACUGCCCUGUGCCUGCACUGAUACUAUUCAUUACUGUCUGGACACUGUAGGAGACCAACUGGGACUGAAAGUCAUCAUUAUGUGGGACUUAAAAAGCCCCAGGGGGUCUAGCCAGAAAAAGCCUCUGAAUGUUACUAUUUAAUCUUCCCCAAAUGUCAGUAUUUAUUUUUUCCUUCCUCGAAUGUUAACUGCAACCCAGGAAGCUCUGCAACCUUUAGCCCUGCAUUUGAAUACAUAGUCAGCAUGUGAAAAUGUUAAAAAUGGAAGAUGUUUGUGUGUUAUAUUCAUUGCUCUAAGUAAAAAGUGCUGCAAUCAAUCAAUCAAGUGUCUCAAUACGCUUUCUAUAAAUAUUAAAGUAAUCAUUAGAUAAUCUGGGAAAUAAGCUAUUUUCUUGCAAAGAAUUAGAUGACAAUAUUGGCCAGUGUCACACUUGAAAGAUCCAGAAGAGUCACAUA